CUGCUGCCGCCACUCAGCUCUCUGCCGAUGCAGCCAUCCGUGCGUUUGGACAAACACCCAAGCAGAGGGAAUGGGUAGGUCUGGAAACGUCGGCAGCUGCAGAAGGCUGCAGAGCUCUGCUGUGAAGCAGCCUUAGAGGAGAGGCUGCUUCCUCGGGCAGAGGAGCGUUAUGAAACACGAGCGCACUGGCUGUGCUUGAGGAUUUUGGCAGCGCAGCGCGGAGGCUGCUUCCAUCCUGCCUGUUGGAGCAGGAGGCCAUGGAGCGGCUCCCUCCCGCCAGCUCCCGCAGGGCGCAGGACCCCGGCGCCCCGGCCCGGUGAGCCGCAGGGAGCCCGGAGAACCGCAGGGAGCCCGGAGAGCCGCAGGGAGCCCGGAGAGCCGCAGGGAGCCCGGAUAACCGCAGGGAGCCCGGAGAACCUCAGGAAGCCCUCGAGGGACCGGCGGCAGCGGACUUUGCCUGGCUACAGCAGGGGUUCCUCAGCCACAAAAGAAAGGUUUCAGCAUCAGCUGUUGGCAGCUCGGCAGGGCACAAUGAAGGCAUCACCCCAGGAGCCCCUGGGCCAGCUAGGCGCCUGAGGCUGGCAGCAGUGCCACACCAGGCUUCUUCCAUGCUGCAGCUGGCUGGGAAGAAGCUUUUCAUCAGGAGAAGGCACCAAAGUUAUGGCCUGAACUUAUGGGAGGAAUGAGUGUCUGGCCAGACGGAGAUUUGGGGGCCCAUUGGGAAGUGUGAAGGGCCAGUUUCAGUAAGGGCAUGGCCAAAACUUUCUUCAGGCUACAGAAGUUUCUCCGCCGGACCCAGUUUCUGCUCUUCUUCCUCACAGCAGCUUACCUGAUGGCUGGCAGCCUCUUGCUACUGCAGCGGACACGCUUGGUUAUCCAGCAAGGUUCGCGUGGGACCCCCACUAACCAGGCCCUGCCAGUGCUGGAGGAGAUGAGCAGGGUUGGGAUCAUAGAGCCCAGGACCCUGCAGAGCCCCCGCCCUGGCCUCAGGCUGCUGGUGGGCAUGGAUGCGCUGCAGGAGCCAGCCCUGGACCAGCAGCACAGCCCGCACUGGCUCUUAUCUCGCAACUCAGAGCUCAGGCAGCUGAGGAGAAGAUGGUUUCACAGGCUCACCAGCGAGCAGGAGCCCCUGCAGACAGCAGGAUUUAAAGCAAUGAAGCACACUGCUGAACACAAAGGCACCUACAUGGGCUGCUUCACUCACGAUUUGAGGGAGAGGACACUGAAGGGAGCUGUUUUUUAUGACUUAAGAAAAAUGACAGUAGCUCACUGUCAGGAAGCUUGUGCUGAGAGGGCUUACAGCUACGCGGGGCUGGCAUAUGGAGCAGAGUGCUACUGUGGGAACAUGCUGCCAGCUGCUGCCACCAAGCCUGAGGAGUGCAACAGCGAGUGCAAGGGGGAGAAGGGCUCCGUGUGUGGAGGGGUGAACCGGCUCUCGGUCUACAGCGUGGAGCAGCUGCGGGCAGGAACCAGGCGGAGGAGGAAUGUUAUCUAUCGAGGAUGUUUUAGAGCUCCAGAAAAUUUAACAGACACCUUUCCAGCCUCUUUGAUACAGCCCAAUUUGACGGUGGAGACGUGCUCUGAAUUUUGCUCCAAGAAAGAGUUCCCGCUGGCAGUGAUCCGAGGGCAGGAAUGCUACUGUGGGUACCCCACCAGGCAGUUCUCGCUGCACGAGGGCACGGACAGGCUGCACUGCAGUGGGACCCGCAACGCCAGCAGCUCUGCUGGGGGAGAGUACUGCCUGGUCUAUCAGACACCUGUGCAAGACACCCGCUGCACGGACAGGAAAUUCUUAACCACAAAAUCCAAAGUAUUUGUUGCUUUGUCAAGCUUUCCUGGGGCUGGGAAUACAUGGGCACGCCAUCUGAUAGAGCAUGCCACAGGAUACUACACAGGAAGUUAUUACUUUGAUGGAGCCCUCUACAACAAAGGUUUUAAAGGAGAAAAAGACCACUGGAGAAGUAGAAGGACCAUCUGUGUGAAAACACAUGAAAGUGGCAAGACAGAGAUUGAAAUGUUCGACUCAGCGAUCCUGUUGAUAAGGAACCCAUACAAAUCACUGAUGGCAGAGUUCAACAGAAAAUACGCUGGCCAUCUGGGCUAUGCCACCGACCGCAACUGGAAGAGCAAAGAGUGGCCAGAUUUUGUGAACAGCUAUGCCUCCUGGUGGGCCUCCCAUGUCCUAGAGUGGCUGAAGUAUGGGAAGCGUCUGCUCAUUGUCCAUUAUGAGGACCUGAAGCAGAGCCUCAUCCCCAAGCUGAAGGAGAUGGUGGAGUUUCUGAAUGUGACAGUGACAGAGGACCGGCUGCUCUGUGUGGAGAACAACAGGGACGGGAAUUUUAAGCGGUCUGGUGCUAAGCAAAAGAAUUUUGAGCCAUUCACCCAGGAAAUGAAAGAUCUUAUCAACAGAUAUAUCCUGACAGUGGAUGAAGCCCUAAGGGGAAGAAACUUCUCAGGGCUGCCCAGGGAGUAUGUGCCAAGAUGAUAUGCUGGUAUCAUGCUGCUGUGGUUAAAAAUAUAAUUUUUUUUUCUUAAAAAAGCAGAAAAAACCCAAACAAAAAAUCCACAAACAAACAAGAAGAAAAGUGGAAAAAAAAAAAACAACAAAAAAACCCGUCCAGACCUCUUUAGCAGUUAUGGCAAAGAUACUUGUGGAAGCUGCUGAGCAGUGCAGCAGUUAGGAAUGCCUGGGUUUUGUCAACCCCAAACAGCCCCAAACCUGGCUCGAGGGGCAUGGAGGAGACUCCAGAGGGGUGGCAGAGAAGGGAGUGCCACCUUUGCUAGGGGUUCAGCACCGGUUUCUUCAUCUCCAUCUCUUCACCUGGAGAGUCACAGUGGGUCUGAGGGGACACCAGGGCUAAAUGUCACCAUGGUCAGUGCUCUUGGUUCUAGAAAUGGCCACAUCGAGGCUGGACUGAUGUCAGCGGGGAACACCUGGGGAACAGGAGCAAAAAGGGUGAACUCCGAUCCUUCCAACCCCAGCAGGGGUAGGAUUGCACCUCCUGCCUCCUCCCUGAAUCCCUGGAGGACUUCUGAGGCAGUCCAGCCUGAAAAACCACAGCUACUAAGAGCUGCCCUCUGGAGUUCCCUUCAGCAGACAUGCAGGUUUGAUUUUUAACUCCUGCAGUCACCUGAGGUUUGUUUGACCCUGCAGAGUACAGUGGGGAGAGAACAGGGGCACACGGGGCUGGCAGGGCAGCUGGCCCCAUGAUCCCAGGCCACUGGGCAGUCUGGAGGUGGUUAAACCCUGGGGCCCAAGAGACUGCCCUGCUGCGAGAUGCGUCUGUUCAUGUGAAAUAAAGGAUUUCUUAAAAAUUUGAGUGAAAAUACUAAUUUUAAUAAAACAAGUUUAUAUAAAGGGAGCUGAACUUCCUCUGCCUGUGUAUCAUUGGUGCUUUAAAAACAAUACAGGACAUG